AUGGCAGCGCUGAGACAGGAGCGUCGCUACGGUCUCUCCUGCGGCAAAAUCAACAAAAACAGUCCAAAUCGAACUCUUUAUCACGUCAAACUCACUGACACCGCCCUCCGGACCCUCGAAACCUACCAGAACUUGAAGGCAUCGCUACCCAAUCAGACAUCUAUUUGUUUCAAGGGAAGCCAAGGGUAUAUUAAGAUACCGACUUCGGAAUCUCCCGAUGGAUUCAGAGUCUUCUCCUUCUAUCUGUCCUGCGACAGCAAAGACAAACCUCAGUCCAGCUUCGACUGCAUUCAUCAGUUUGUUUCAGGAGAGGGCAAGGACCAGCUGGAAGGCCAGGGCAGCAUCCAGGACAAGAUCACAGUUUGCGCCACAGAUGACUCCUACCAGGCAACACGAGAACGCAUGUCCCAAGUGGAGAAGGACAUCUGGAGUCGCUCUGCUAUCGAGAUUAAACCAGGGCCAAGUAAGUGCGUGAAGGUCCAGAGGAAACAGGGUCUGGUUUCAGGCUCGGAUAGCAGCAACAAGCGGAGCCUGGUUCCCAGCCCUGUGGCACAACGGCCCUUGAGGGACCGCAUCAUCCAUCUCCUGGCCUUAAAACAUUACAAGAAACCCGAGCUGCUGCUGUGGUUGGAGAGAGAACGAGCCAGUCCUAAGGACAAGGCUGACCUGACCUCAGUGCUGGAUGAGGUUGGCAAGCUGAACCUUAAAGACAAUAGCUAUUCUCUGAAGGAUGAGCUUUAUAGACAUGUCCAGAGAGACUGGCCUGGAUAUCUGGAGGAGGAAAAGCAACUCAUCCACAGGCUUCUGAUCAGGAAGCUUCAGCCACUCCACAGUAACAGCCAGUUGAAAAGUCCCCAAACCAACCAGUCAUUCCACAAAACUCCCGGAGAUUCUCCCUCCCAACUCAGUCCUGCAAAGACGCUCUCUGUGAAACGUCCUUUGCCUUUGGAUCAAUCCAACUGUCAAACCCCCAAAAAACAGAGACUAACAGACCACUGCUUGCCACGACAGUCUCCGUCCCACAGAGACUACGGCACCAACAAUGCCGGCGCGCACGACAAAACCAACAAUCAUCUCCAGGCGUGUCCGAACGGUCUGCACUCGCCGCACAAACUGAGUGGAUCGUCAACUACUCCCAAAGCAGAGCGGACAGAGCCGGCUCCUAAGGCACUAACCCCCAAGACCCCACACAUGGACCCUACGGUUUGCACUGAACAACAAUUGCCCAACGGUCAACAUAAAAAGAAGAAGUCCAAAAAGCACAAAGAGAAAGAACGGGAGCGCUUAAAACCGGAGUGGAUCGAAACCAGCCCGGACUUGAAGAAGAACCAAGAUAAUCUCAAAGGGGAGAAAACACCUGUCAGAACCACAAAAGAAGACUUGCCAGACUAUUUAUUAAAAUACAGCUCGAUUACAGCACUGGAACAACGUGAGCAAUACAAAAAUGACUUCUGUUCAGAGUACGACGAAUACAGAGCUCUUCACGACCGCAUCGGAGCCAUUACGGAGAUGUUUGUUCAGUUAGGCUCAAAGAUCAACACGCUCUCACCGGGAACACAAGAGUACAAGUUAAUGGAGGAGCAAAUACUACAAAAGUACCGCAAGUAUAAGAAGAAGUUUCCCGGCUACAGGGAAGAAAAGAAGCGAUGCGAGUAUCUCCAUCAGAAACUGUCACAUAUCAAAGGUCUGAUCUUGGACUUUGACCGUGCCCAGGAGCUCUCCUAG